GGAGGUAAAGAAGCACAAUUUAUGAUGCAAGUGUUGACAUAUUUUACUGCUGAUUUGAAAUAUGUUCUUUAAUCGUAAUCUUGACCAACCGUUUUGGAGAUUUUGGUCUUUCCCUAUUCAGGAAGAUAAGAGCUGCACUUGUAUGCCGCUUGUUUACAUUGAAAAUAGUUGCCCGGGAGCGUCCCAAAGAUGGCCACCGAGUGGACUGACUUGCCUUGAAAGCCACUUUGUCCGCAGCCGCUUUUCAUUGAUUUAGGAAGUGACGUAUUUGUUCCUCAAACGUUUCCGGUUUAUCGCGCACGUUCAAAACAACAGCUGGAGUCGCUUCGUUCACAGUCAGUUUGCGGUAACGUUAACGUGAAAAAUGUCAACGUUAAAACUAGGACCAUGUUGUUCUGUAGUUGGGUGCUCCUUAAGGCCUGGAACUAACCUACUUUCGGAGAUUAAAGUGUUUCGAUUUCCGAAAGACAAAGCACAACGGGACGCCUGGAUUGCAGCAGUGAAGCGACGCGGCUGGACACCGACUAGCAACUCGAGGAUAUGUAGCACACAUUUUAUCUCUGGCAAGCCAUCAGAUGACCUUCUCAGUCCAGACUACGCUCCAUCAAAGUUUCCUCACAAACCUGACCCCUCCAGAAAAAUGGCAAGAUAUCAGAGGGCUCUGAGAAGAACAUCAGCAGUUCAUUCUUCAAAGGAAGAAGCAAAAGAGAUGGUCAAAGUUAAAGAAGAAAAUAAGCCCUACACUGAUGAAUGUCUCUCUAUGAGGGGUAAUGAAGACCUGCAGAAACCUAACACAAGUUUAAAAGAGCAAGCGAGAAGCCAAGUGUCAAAGGUGGAAAUGCGCACCUGUGAGAGAAUCGUGCCAGCAAAGUACUUUGAAAUUGACGUUGUAAUUAAGUAGCUGAAAUCUGAUGUGGAUUUAAAGGAUAAUCAGAUAAUUCGCCGAAGGAUGAGGAUUCAUGUCGAAUUCAAAAUGACCACAUUUUACGACAAAAACUUCAUCAACUUGAAGCGAAGUCCCAAAGACACAAUGGCAACUGUUGAUCAAAUAUUACUUGUGUGUUAUGCAUUAUCGACUUUGGAUGAGUCGUUUAGUUCAUUAGGAAAAUAUAUAAGAGACAAACAAACUGUUACAAACAAUUUCAUUGUCGAUUGAUUGAUUGUAUACAGUAUUCACAAUGGUGGCAGAUUUAGCACAUGAACAAUGUUCCCUUCUCAUCCUAGGCUUCUCUUUAUUAUUAUUUUUCUCUUGGUUUUCCUUUAAAAAUGCAUAUGAUUCUAAUUUAGUUGCCUUACAUAUCAUAGGCUUCUCUUUAUAAUAUUUUUGUUUUCUAGUUAACAAUUUAUUAUUUGAUUCUAAUUAUCUAGGAAUAAUUAUUAAACAUUCGAUUGUUAAAUAUGAACAUUUGCUGUCUUGCAAUAGAUUAAACGUAACCUUUCACAUUAUUCAAAUUGCCUUGGGUGUGAUUUCACAUUAUUUGGAUCAUUGUGAAGACACUAAACAAAACUGGAUGCCAUUCAGAUGAAACACCUCAUGACAGACAGAGCACUGCAUGAUAGUUGUCUUAGAUGUACUUUUACACAAACACAUGGUCUCUGCAAUCAGGGGCCAUGUGUAUAAAGCUGCUAAGAGUAACAUUUUCGUCUUAAGUGUGUCAAAAGUCUAAGUAUGAAGUUAUUUUGCUCUUAUUCCUAGACUCAAUAAGUGUCAUGCAUAAAGUUUCAUAAGUGUUAAGAC